AUGAAAGAAAAGGGCACUGUUGUUCCCUUCUGUGCCUCAGUUGAUGCCUACGUAAAAAAAGGGGCAGGCAUUGAUUUGGUCUUGAAGUCCUUGGCGGGCCUCUCUCGUUUGGUCUCUAUCUACAGCAAGGAUGAGGAGACACGUCAGAGUUAUGCCAGCUUUGGCUCUGCCAUCAUUAAUUGCCGUAUGUUGGCUAAUCACUUCAGGCACGUCGCCUCUUUAAACUCCGCGAUAGUCACAUUAAAGCAGAGGAAUGGCCGUCCGCUACUCUCUUGGCUGUGCCUCUUUGGUUCCUUUUUCUUUCGCUCCCUGGAACAGGUCUUUGGGGACCUCAACUACUACCAAUCGGUUGUGAUGCGCCACUGGGACCGCAACAAGCUAAGUCUUGGCUAUUGGUUCUUCAAGUCGCUUUCAUUGACCUGCGGGUUUUUCUACGAGCUGCUUGGUCUGCGAGCCAACCUAGCGUCCCCGGAAUGGCCAAAGAAGAGCGCAGAGGGGCGUAAGAAGAUUCUGUGGGAUACACUUAUUUCGUUGCUCCGGUACUUCUUUGAUAUGGUGGUGUAUUACCAGUGGAUGCCGUGGUACAACCCUUACAAGACGGUGCAGUACGCGUCCGCCGCUGCCGCCGGUAUGCUUGGAGUCUACGUGGUUUGGAACGACACACAGGCCACACGCCUCGCUGAGGUGAAGAAAGCAUCUCUAAUGAGCGGCGCGAUGAAUGGGAAGGGCGCAGUGGAAAACGCAAAAUCAAACACUGAGACCCCUGCAGCGUGA